UACGCAUGUACCUUGAUCGUGUUACAACAAGUCUGAUUUUGGAAAUAUAAUCAAAGAAAGGAAAUAUGUAUCAGAAUUUACUAUCACCUUAAAAUGUGAGAUAUACAGUAUUGAAUUAAACGGUUGAAAUUGGAAGGAAAAUGAGCUCAUUGUGCAGGUAUGUGUCAUUUGCGCUGGAGCGCAUGACUCCGCGUCACGUGACCGCUGUGUUGUUGUUUGCUAACAGUUACACGCAGAGAGACAAGAAAGUGUUAAAGAAAAAUCAUUUUAAUUCAAUCAAAUAGUGCCUUUUUCGAAAUAGGACUAAACCCCGAUUCAGUUUUGGUUUACACGACGGUUUCUGUCAAUGUUUUCGAGCAGUACGAGUCACGGAUGUGCUGAAGCAGCAGUGGUUUGAGCCGGCUCUUAUCUGAAGAUGAAUGCUCUGGUAGCUCUUUGUCACUUCUGUGAGCUGCAUGGCCCACGGACACUGUUCUGCACCGAGGCGCUACACCCUCCAUCCCCAGACCCUUCAUCUCAAGCAGGGGCCCCGGUGCCCGGGGACAGGGACAGAGACGGGGACCGGGAGGGUGAAGGGCUGACUAUGAGAGCCAACAGCUCAACUACACAGAGAGGAGAGAUGUGUGAGGGAUGUCGAUCUCUACCUGCAUCUCACCCAGGCUUCGUGAGCAUCGAUGAUGAAACAGGCAUUCGCUUCCUGAGCCAUCAGCACCCCAGACAGCCUCAGCUCUUUAGUGUGGUCCGCCAGGCAUGUGUUCGUAGUCUCAGUUGUGAGGUGUGUCCUGGGCGGGAAGGGCCAAUUUUUUUCGGAGAUGAGCAACAGGGGUUUGUGUUCUCACACACAUUCUUUAUCAAAGACAGCUUGGCCCGGGGGUUUCAGCGGUGGUACAGUAUUGUUAUGGUAGCCAUGGAUAGGAUCUACCUCAUCAAUUCCUGGCCUUUCCUGUUACGUCACCUCAAGCUUACCAUACAGAGCCUACAAAGCACUGCUCUAAAGGUGUUUGACAGUGAACAAGGCGUUUGUCCCCAGCGAGCUAUGAGGAUGAAUAGUGUAUUUUCACCUGCUGUUUUCCCACACCAAAGGAGUGGCAACGCGGCCCGGUCACUAACUUCUCUCACCCAGCAUCCCAAUCUCUGGGCCAGCCUUCACUCCUCUUUCAGCUGGUUGCUGAAGGCUUGUGGGAGUCGUCUGACAGAGAAGCUCCUCGAGGGGGCGCCCACAGAGGACACGCUUGUGCUUAUAGAGAGGCAAACAGAGCAAGAGGAGGAAAUGAGCUGUUGGGAGGGUGCAGAAGGAGGUGGAUCCAAGUUGCAGCUGCACCAAUCAGAGGGCAAGCUGGGCCUCAACUUUGGAUAUGACGACUCGAAAUUAGAUGAAAUACCUGGUCCAAAAGUGAAGUCGCUGAGGCAUUUAAGACAGGUCAUCGGUGCAGCUGACUUUCGACAGCUAGCGUGGCAUGUGCUCAUGGGAAAUCAGGUCAUAUGGAGAUGUGCAGAACCCGGGUUCAUCCAGUCAGCUUUUACAGUGCUUAAGUCUUUGCUUCCCGUAGGCUGUGUGCGCUCCGUGCCAUACAGUUCUCAGUACGAAGAGGCCUACAAGUGCAACUUCUUGGGUCUCAGCCCCGAUGUGCCUAUUCCAGCUCAUGUCAGCUCCUCAGAGUUUUCGGUGCUGGUGGACGUGACUUCAGACAGAGGUCAUCAAAUCUCUGCUUUAUGUGAAGAUGUCUGCACACUUUAUCAGUUCACGAUCAGCAGUGCAAACACCCAGCCAACCGACAGAGGUCCAACCUUACUGAACAAGCUUGAGGUGGCUCUGUCUAAUGAGAACUUGUCUGUGGAUGUCGUGUCUCACUGCUUGCUGUGUUUGAAGGAAGAGUGGAUGAAUAAAGUCAAGGUGCUGUUCAAGUUCUCCAAAGUAGACGGUCGAGGAAGGGAGGACACGCAGAAGGUUCUGGCCAUACUUGGAGCCACAGGGACCAGCGAGGAGGACAAUGUCCGGCUGCUCAAAUACUGGAUGACUGGACUCAGUAAAACCUACAAGAGUCAUUUAAUGACAGCGGUCCGAGGAGGGGAACGGAGCCUAAGCCAGUGACAAAGAGAGGAGGAGGAGCAAAUGGAGGGGAAAAGAAAAGAGAGCUGAAAAGAGGGGUGACAUGCUAAAAAAAAGGGAAAUUUGAAGCAAAAUAUCUAAGUGCUAAAUGAAGCAAGCAUGAAUCCUAAUGGACAGUUUCCUUAACUGUUUGGGAGUCUGAGUUGAGUGAAAGAGAACAAUGAGUGAAUGACAGGAAUGAUUUUGCUCAUCCAUUAUUGUCUUUUUAAGUAAUGAAAGACCUAUUGUGUACAAAACGGAUGAUUAUCCUGCACAGAUUAACCCAUUGAUUAAUUUUGGAUAAUGCAUGGGGAUAUUUUGUCAAAUGAAAUCUUGUCUUAGACUUGUUCUUACUAAUAUGUAAAUAUUACUUUAUUAAAAGCAUUUGCACUUUGUUUACUCUUGCUGAUGUUUAAAAAUGAAAUAGAUUAAUAUCAGGCUUCCUUAUUAAUUCUACAACUAGCUCCAUCUUGUGGUGAAUGGAAAGAGUAAUAAGGGUGAAAGUGUAGUAGAGGAGGGGAUUAGUUUCUCCAGCAGCUCCCACUCAAUUGUUUGAGUGGCUCUUGGCCAAUAAGUCCCAAGUGAUGUAAAACAAGACUUUUAGUUUUUUUCCUUGUGUCCUGAAAUGUACAAAAAUGGUUGCGUAACGAGGCCUCGGUCCAGUACAGCCAACCACAUCAGGAGGAUUUUGGCUUCUUAAUGAGCCAGUCACACAUUGAUCCACUCUGGGGUUGUUUUUUUUUUUUUUUUUUUUUUCAUAAAAGUAAUUUGAGCCUGUUGCUUUGCUGGAGUUCGGAGACUUAAGUCAAUAAAAU